CCCCUGACUCAGCGUCGGCCGAGAAUAAACGCGCCGUGGCGCACGGCAGCGCCGGCCGGCUGCCGUCGCGGCGGCGGGCCGCCUCUGCCGGCGGACCGGCGGAGGGGGCGAGCGCUGCCUCGUCCGCCUACCCGGCCCCUCCCACCUCAUCCGCUCAAUCGGGCCCUGUCAGCUUGCCCGCCCACCCGGGCCCUGCCACCCACGCCCCAACUGAACCCGCUGACCGUACGACGGUGGGUGUUCAGGGUCGCACUCAAUCGCCGGCCACUAGUAGAGCCUCCACUCCACGCUCUCCCUCAGCAUUGAAGACCCCACCUGCAGCCGCGGCAUCGCCGACCACCACAAAGAGCACCGCACGCCCAGCUCCGGAGACGGCCGACGGGUGUGCGCGGCCGCCCAGCAGGCCCGCUGUUACCGGCAGCGACCGCGCCGCCGGAGAUGGUGCUGAGGUGACCGCCUCGCCUGCAACGCGGCCUCCCAAGCAGCGGCCGGUGGCUGCGACCUCUGAUGAGUGCACCAGACCACUCAUGGCUUCCGCCGAGCGCACCAGACCUGCCAGCGGCCCUGAGACUGUUGCCACACCAGGCGGCCAGCAGGAGGAGCAGGAGCGGUGGGGACGCGGGCUGACCGGUGCAGCGGUGGCGGGACUGCCGGACAAAGCGGCAACGCACGGUGCUGCCAGUGGUAGCGAGCGUCUUCCUCCAGUGCCGGCGUCCGCACGCCGGCCUGCUGAAGCCGCCGACGGGGCGACGGACGGCACGUCGGCGCCGGCUGAGGGCGCUGUGGAUGUUGCAGGUGGAUUAAAGAAAACAUCGGAAAAUUAUUUGAAGACAGAUCAGAAGGACCUGACUGAAAACGAUAUCUCUGAGGCAUCCCAGAUGCAUGCUGUUGGCUUUAAACCUAAGGAACAGCAGUCGGAGCAUGAGGCAAAAACAGCUGAGAAUACAGCAAAAAGUGAUGUCAAUCUGGUUGUGAAAAAGGUAGCCAAGAAGGCCAGGAGGUUGAAAAUAAAUUGUUCGAAAAGCGCUGAAGUAAUUCCUACGGGCAUCGCUUCGCCAGAACAAAUGAGACAGGUACAGUCAACGGGCACAGUUGAGGCAGCAGAAUCUAAGCCGAACACAGAUGUCGACCUCCCGCAGAAAAGGAUGAUCAAGAAGGUUAGGAAUUUGACACUCGACUGCUCUAAAAAUGCCGAAGCAGACCCUGCGGAUAGCAUCCUUGUGGUCGGUGCCAAAGAUACCAAGGAAGUUAAAAAUGUGCCAAAAAGACGGAAAACAACGGAACUUCAAGCACAUCCGCAGCUUUUACACGACACCAAGGAAGAGUUGCCAGACAGCGGCAUUUCCAGGGCGGUCGAUCCAGCACAGAACGAUACGAGUGCGCAAGUCGUUUCUCAUCUACGAAAAAGUCAUAGCAGUCAGAAAGGCAGAUGUGUUCAGCCAGCAGACACUCACGAUGUAGGAAGAACUGACGACAUAAACAACAACAAAUUGUCUGAGAACGCAGCCGCUCGAGAACCAAACACCCUGGAAUCUGACCAAGCCAAUCGGCGCGUGUCCGUUACGACUUCUGAGACCUCGUCCGACCGCAGCCAGCUGCACCCUCAGCGCGAGGCCGGAGACGUGGGCCGCUCGGUCCUCGCCCCCGAGCCGGGGCUCACCGUGCGCUCGGCAGCGCCUCUCACGGCGACGGCCCGCCGGCCUAGCGGCGUGCCGGUUACCAUCGAGGUCACAGAGCCGCCGCUGCCUCCUGGCGCAGCGCGCGGAGCGCAGGAGCUGCUCGAUGGGGCGGCGCGGAAGCUGUCCGGUGACGUGGUGCAGAAGCUGCCCCAUGACACGGCGCAGAAGCUGCCCGGUGACGCGGUGCAGAAGCUGCCCCAUGGAGCGGCGCAGAAGCUGCCGCCCGGUGACGCGGUGCAGAAGCUGCCCGGUGACGUGGUGCAGAAGCUGCCCCAUGACACGGCGCAGAAGCUGCCCGGUAACGCGGUGCAGAAGCUGCUUCAUGGUGCGACGCAGAAGAUGCCCGGUGACGAGGCGCAGAAGCUGCCCGACGGCGCAGCUCACGGCUGGCCCGAACACCGGCCGGACAGGUGGAGGUGUGCUUCGAAUUCGGAGCACGAGGACGGCAGUGGGUCCUUGUCGAGUGGGGUGCGUCCCGAGAGGUCGGGACGAGCGUCGCCUUUGAGAACGUGGAGUCGGAAGGCUUCAGAGACGGCUACCGGUGAUCAGGAGGCAGUGGACCCCAGCGCCAAAUCAGUCGGCCCACAGUCGAUUGAAGACGGCAAUGCAAGCAAAACAAAAACUCCACCAUCCACAGUGUUGCCUUAUCGUGUUUCAUUGAACGGAAACGCCUCCGAAAGGACAGAGGCUACAGAUGAGCACAGGAAUGCUGAUGAAAAGCCGAAAAUAUCAGAUGUCAAGACUGCUGCCGCGCCAUCUUUGCUGACAGCAUCUGGGUCUACGGGAGCUGAGAUGCAUCAUUCAUCGAAGAAAAAUGUAAAAUCCGCCCCAGGCUCUGCUGUUCUUGACAAGGCGACACCAGCCCCUGUUGAACAAGACGCUGCAAUCAAGAAAGGCAGCGCAAAGAACGUAAGCCAAGCCAUGGAACAAAAACCAUCAACGUUAACUCAAACGCCUACAGUCGGCGAAAAGGGCACCUGCAGUUUCAAUCCCACCGGAACUCACUCACCAAAGGCCGCUUUGCCGGAAACCUCAUCGUCCGUUGAAUGCAUACACCUCGGAGAUGUGGGACCGGACCAAAGACUUCCAGCGAAAAAACCGCCGCGGAAGGUAGCGCCCUUGCCCCCGAAACCGUCGGUCCCUGCUCAGAGUGACAGCGGAGCGUCAAGCGUGGGAAAUCAGAACGCACCUCCUGGGCGCGUUGCAGUGAAGAAGCCUGGCACACGCCCUGUGAACGUCCAAAAUGGUGAUAUCCCGCCGGUGAGGAAGGUAAAGUUGGUCAAGAAGCGACUGGAUCCCUCCGCCGAAAUAAAGCACAUCAAACUGACGCCGGUGCAGCGCGCUAAUGGUAUCGCAGCCACCGGAAAUAAUCUGUCGCGUUUGUCACCGUUCUUGCUUGCGGACCAAGAGAGGAAAAAUGCACUCAAUAGUAACCGGUCAAAUGCCUCGAAGUCCAUGUCAGCUGCUCGUCUUUCUUCCUCCGAUGCCUUACAUGCAAGCAAGAACGGUGAUAAUCGCGAAGUGACGGGAACGUCGAACAAAAAGUCAGCGAAGACAUCGAGAAGCGCAAAGCAAUCUGGGAACCAUGCCAAGCACAAAGUAAAAAGCAAAGGCUCAAAACAUUCCAGAAGAAAUGACUGUGCAGAUGGUCAGCUGGUGGAAUCAGCAACUUUGAGCCCGGAGCCUUCCAAAGCCAAGUCAAAGACGAGGAGUUCUGGCAAGAGUGGAGAUCGGAACUCUCGUAGCGCUCCAGGUAUACCAUCUCGGAAGUCUGUGAGUAGCUCUGUUUCAGAGAGCUGCUCAUCAAGUGAAGAAGAUUCUGAGGAAGAACUUUCGCCCCUAGAAAAGGCGAAGCGAAGAAUUCGGGAGGAGAAGGAGCGGGAAGAAGCGCGUAAAAUCGAGAAGUUUCGUCAGAGAGGACAAAAAGCGAAGAUGAAAAUGGAGCGACUGCGGAUGGAAGAUGAUCCCGUUACGUACAUGCAGAAUCCGGCAAAUCACAGAUUCGCUUUCAGGAUAAAGCGCGAAGAUUUAGAGCGACAGCAAAAACAGAAUCAAGAAAACACAAUUAUUGGGAUCCAGGGCGCAGUACCAGCCCCUGCCGACGGUGUGACGUCACGAGAGGCCGGCGGCCGGCUGCCGGCGGUCGAUGACAUCGACGAGGCCCCCUUCGACAGGCGGCGGGGGCCGCUGGGCGGGCCGCCGCCCCGGUUCCGUCAGUACAGCGCCGACGACUUCCACCUGCUCCGCGUGCUCGGCAAGGGCGCGUUCGGGAAGGUCGAGAGCAUCUCGAGCGGAAGUGUUCCCUUCAAGAAUGAGGGAAUUUGUGGCAGGUGAUGCUGGCUAGGAUGAAGGACACCAGAAACUACUUCGCAAUUAAAUGCCUUCGCAAGGACAAGAUUGUAGACGAUGAAGACGUCGAGG